AUGUCAACAACCUGGUGGAGCGAUGAAUGGAGCAAAUUUAUCGAGUGCUAUCGUCAUAGUAAUCAUGAAUUGAGUUUCGAUCCAUCUAAGAAAACGCUGACAGACGUGGUACAGUGUAUUAUAGUCAGUGAUAACGCAUCGGAAUGGCUGUUGGAAGAGCCACCUAAUUCACAUGAUAAUCAACAUCAAAAUGAUCUACUAAUGUUUUGUGCCAAUCUAAUAAGGGAAUUACAUCUGAUAAAGUUAAAAGAUGAAAAUGAUGUACUAAAUCCUAGAGACGUUGAACUAUAUAACACCAAAGCCUACUUCAGCAUACACAUUUUGGCAUCCUUAUUACGUUGUGGAAUUACGAAAUCUGAUAACUGCGAAGGGGAAGGAAAUAACUGUACUCUUGUUUGGUCGUUAGUUAGAAAGAUUGCCUGCUCUGCUUUCAUAUUCUUUGCAGCAUGUCAUAGUAAUGAGGUCAAUUAUGCAAAUAAGAAUCUACCAUGGAUUACACCUGAAGCAAUUGAAUAUAUUGAUGAUUUAAUAUCCGCCCUGCUACGGACGUGUAAUCUUAAUAAUGUUACGUCCUUAUUAACUGGAGUAAAUCGUUCGGAAAGAACUGCUAAUAAAGACUCUUGCCUUCCUACAAUUUUAACUCUAAUUGAUGAUCAUCAGGUUGAGAAUAAGAUAAUAAGCAUCAAGUGCCUGAAACAUGUUAUUGACAAUGUGGAUGCUUCCGAGCUGAAACGAUAUGAACGAGCAAGUGUUAUUUACCAUGCACUAUCGCAACAACUAUAUCUAAGAGAACCAACGCUGAUACCUGUUCUUCAUUCAUGCUUGCUAAGUAUCCUUGAAGUGAUAGAAAAAUCCCCAAGGGAUUAUAGAAAUGCUCCUCGGAAGUUCGAUAAUUUCGAUAAAAUUAUAUCUACCGUAUUAAAUUCAAUGGAGUUUGAAAGCGAAAUAGCACUUCGUAAGAAAAUAUUGUCGGUCCUGAUAUCAUACUUGGAAGUCUAUGAUGGGCCUACUGAGCAUAUCCGAUUUCUAAUCCUUAAAGCUUUAAAGUACCUUAUCAUAGAAGCAUGGCCUAGAAUUCCAGCUCAUUUCGGAAAGAUUUUUAAAUCUUUAUCACGAUUGUUAAUAGACGUUCGUGGUAUUUCCGCGACUACAACUACUCCUAUAGAAGGAAUAUAUGCAAAGUAUACGAUCACUCAACAUUCCGCCACUCGAUGA